CGUUCGUCCACGCCGAGCGGCCAAGCUCGCUCGCCCGGCCGUGCCGCGCGCAUGCAAACGCAACGGCUAUAAUUGGCACGUCCCCUCUCCGCAGUACGCGCCAUAUUUUCUCCUCAAUUUCUCUUCUCCUCCCGUCUCAUCCCUUCCAAAUUUACGCCCGCCCACCGGCAGCCUCGCGUCGCGUUGUGCAAAAUAAGCUACAGCCGGUGGUGGUGCGCCUAGCUAGGGUGCGCGGUACGCGCGUGGUGCCGAUCGCCGCCGGAGCACGUAAGCGAUGGAGUCGUCGUCGGCGGGGUACGUGGACGUGCCGCUCGGCAACGAGCCGGAGCAUCAGCAGCAUCAGCCGCCGCCGGCGACGGGGCCGGUGAUGAGGAAGCAGCCGUCGCGGCUGGCGUCCGGGAUGAAGCGGCUGGCGUCGAGGGUGACCUCGAUCCGGGUGCCGGACUCCGUCAUGGGCCUCAAGCGCUCGCACUCCAGCGCGCAGCCGGCGCUGCGUGGCCUCCGGUUCCUCGACAAGGCGUCGGCGGGGAAGGACGGGUGGAAGUCCGUCGAGAAGCGCUUCGACGACAUGAGCGGCGAGGACGGACGCCUCCACCAGGAGAACUUCGCCAAAUGCAUCGGCAUGGCGGAUUCCAAGGAAUUUGCAGGCGAGGUCUUCGUGGCGAUGGCCAGGAGAAGGAAGAUCGAUCCAGACCAAGGACUUUCGAAAGAACAGCUCAAGGAAUUUUGGGAGGAGAUGUCUGACAAUAACUUCGAUGCACGGCUACGGAUAUUUUUUGACAUGUGUGACAAGAACGGUGAUGGAAAGCUCACAGAAGAUGAGGUUAAAGAGAUUAUCGUGCUCAGCGCCUCAGCAAACAAGCUCUCUAAGCUGAAGAAACAUGCCGCGACCUACGCCUCGCUGAUCAUGGAAGAGCUGGACCCUGAUGGUCGCGGUUACAUUGAGAUUUGGCAGCUGGAGAAGCUACUCCGUGGGAUGGUAAUGGCUGAGGGAACACAAGAUCAGAUGGACCAGGCGUCAACAAGCCUUGCGAAGACAAUGGUUCCUUCCAGUUACCGGAGCCCAAUGCAGAGGCGUAUGACCAAGACUGUUGACUUCAUCCAUGAGAACUGGAAGAGGAUAUGGGUCAUUGCGUUGUGGGGAAUCGUCAACAUUGCCCUCUUCAUUUUCAAGUUUGUGCAAUACAGGAGGCGGGAGGUCUUCGACGUGAUGGGCUAUUGUGUCUGCAUUGCAAAGGGUGCCGCUGAGACAACCAAGCUGAACAUGGCCCUUAUACUGCUCCCGGUGUGCCGAAACACACUGACAGCGCUCCGAUCAACUGCCCUCAGCAAUGUCAUACCAUUUGACGAUAACAUAAACUUCCACAAGGUUAUUGCACUGGCAAUUGCAAUUGGAGCAGGUACUCAUACACUUGCUCACCUGACCUGCGACUUCCCAAGGUUGGUCUCGUGUCCAAGUGACAAGUUCCAGGAGAAGCUGGGGCCCUUCUUCAACUAUGUUCAGCCAACAUGGGGAUCACUGUUUGCAAGCACUCCAGGAUGGACUGGCAUCCUCCUGAUCCUCAUAAUGUCAUUCUCCUUCACACUGGCGACACACUCCUUCAGGAGGAGCGUCGUGAAGCUGCCGUCGCCGCUGCACCACCUUGCUGGCUUCAAUGCCUUCUGGUAUGCCCACCACCUGCUGGUGUUUGCAUAUAUCCUCCUGGUGAUGCAUUCCUACUUCAUAUUCCUCACUAAGGAGUGGUACAAGAGAACGGGAUGGAUGUACUUGGCAGUUCCUGUUCUCUUCUAUGCCUCCGAGAGAGCUACCAGAAGAAUUCGCGAAAAGAAUUAUGGAGUGAGUGUCAUCAAGGCAGCAAUAUACCCAGGAAAUGUGCUCUCUCUUUACAUGAAGAAGCCAGCAAGUUUCAAAUACAAAAGUGGGAUGUACCUCUUUGUAAAAUGCCCAGAUGUGUCGCCUUUUGAAUGGUACUUUCUCAUCAUCUUCAUUUUCCAGCUCAUGAAUUUUCAAAGGCUUUGGCUUCAGAAUUUCUUCAAUUUUUGCAGGCAUCCCUUCUCCAUCACUUCUGCACCUGGAGACGAUUAUUUGAGUGUACAUAUCCGAACAUUAGGUGACUGGACAACAGAACUAAGGAAUGUAUUUGGGAAGGCCUGUGAAGCAGAAGUUAGUUCCAAGAAGGCUACACUUUCAAGACUUGAAACCACAGUCAUAGCAGAAGGUCGGGGAGAGGAUACUAGGUUUCCCAAGAUCUUCAUAGAUGGCCCUUUCGGUGCACCUGCUCAAAAUUACAAGAAAUAUGACAUUCUUUUUCUUAUUGGGCUUGGAAUCGGUGCAACUCCGUUCAUCAGCAUACUGAAGGAUCUCCUGCACAACCUUAAGUCCAGUCAAGAGAUGCAAAGCAUGCAGGACGAGGAGUCAGGCGGCACCUUUAAGAGCAAUGGGCCAAGCCGAGCUUACUUCUACUGGGUUACUAGGGAACAGGGCUCCUUUGAAUGGUUCAAAGGUGUCAUGAAUGAAGUUGCUGAAAGUGAUCGUGAUAAUGCAAUCGAGAUGCACAACUACCUGACCAGUGUGUAUGAGGAAGGCGAUGCAAGGUCAGCUCUGAUUGCCAUGGUUCAAUCCCUCCAACACGCAAAAGACGGUGUGGACAUCGUAUCGGGCAGCAAGAUCCGGACACAUUUCGCAAGGCCAAACUGGAGAAAGGUGUACUCUGAUUUGGCCAAUACCCACAAGAAUGCUCGUAUAGGUGUUUUCUACUGCGGAUCUCCAACGCUCACAAAAACACUCAAGGACCUUGCAAUAGAAUUCAGCCACACAACAACAACGCGGUUCCAUUUCCACAAGGAGAACUUCUAAGGUCAGGCAAGAAAGAAAUUUGGUAGCGUCCUAACAUCGUGUAGCAGCUCUAGCUCUGCAAGUGUUGCCGGGAGCUGGGGCACAUAUUGGUGUACAAACUACAUGGAGUUUAAAGUAUGUGGCAUUAGUUAGCGCUGCUUCCGUGCAUAGAUAGGAGGAGGAAAUUCAUGUAUUUUUCUUGUUUCACCAGUCAGAUUGCUUCUUAGAAAAAUUUGGAACUUGAACAGGCAAUUGGCUCGGUUCAAAAUUGAUUGGAUCGAGUUUCAAGUUGGCUCAAAAUUAAAGCGAUUCAUUUACUCAUUUUGCUGAAA